AAAGAACAAAGCAAAAACGAGCGGCAAUCCCCGCCCACCAUCUCUCUCUCUCUCUCUCAUAUCUGCAUUUGCGUGCACAAGAAUAGAAGCACAAGCAGAAGCAGAAACAGAACACGGCAACCUUUAAUUUGUUAGGAGAGAAUCGAAAUGUCGAGCUGCUCGUGCGGCAGACCUGUAAUUUUGGCGAGAGCUGUGAACAGAAACUAUUUGAUUGAACAUAGAAAGAUUCGAAUCGAUAUGGGUAUGAUGCCUUAUCGUAGCAGUGGUGGAAAUAGUGGAAGAUUGAUGACUCAUGGGGAUUUUGGUGUUAGAGCAUCCAUAGUGGAUUCUUAUGAAAGUUCUUCCAACUUCGCCAAGCGUAUGGAGCAGGCAUGGUUAAUCUCUCAGCAACCAAGACCAAUUGCUUGUUCUUCAUGCAAUUCAAAAGGGCAUGUUGAAUGCAAAUGGUGUGGAGGAACAGGCUUCUUCAUCAUUGGAGACAAUAUGCUUUGUGAAGUGCCUUCAAAGAACACCAGCUGCAUUAUAUGUGCUGGAAAGGGAUCGAUGUGCUGCUCUGACUGUAAAGGAACAGGCUUCCGCGCCAAGUGGUUGGGACACCCUCCCAUCCUAAAGUAGCAGCAAUGGUUUGCAGUUCUAUAGUUAUAACGAAUAAAGCUGCCAAAGAGUGACAGGAUCCAUCUUGAAUUGAUCUGGUUUCCUCGUCGCAACAUCAUUGUCUUGAUAAGAUGACUAUGGAUUCCCACUCCAAACUACAAAGCAAAUCCUGUAUCACAUGUCAGGUGGUCAAACAUAAAUUCCAGUUUUAUAAUAUUUCAUGUUCAUAACACAGAAAUAUAGUUUCAACCCCAUAAUUUAAUAUUUUCCACUUACAGA